GGCACCUUUACCGCAAAUUUUAUAUUACGGCGCAAUAUGAGGGCGAAAUACGAGAUUACCUGAGCUAAAAUGCGCUGGAAUAAUAUUAGUGAAAGAAACAUCACAUAAAAGAAAUGACGUACUUCAAAUGUUAAUGAUGUUAUUUUUCUCCCUACAAAGACUCUGGCAGUCCGUUGGCAGAAUGUUUUAGUCAAGGAUGCUUUUUGUCAUUACAGGAUAUUGAGUUAACCCCCUAGCGAGACAUACAGCCAGCAUUUCAUACCUCACCAGACAUGACGGCGCCAUAUUGAAUGACGUCAUGCAUGCUCAAGCCACAAGCGAAGGAAAGUCUACACAAUAUUAGCUGGUUUACCAAAGAUCUGGGAAUAUAACUGAGAAUUCCUCGGAUCAUUUUUGAUAAAGUAUCGGGGGAUUUUCUUUUUAAAGGUAGGCAACAUUUUAAACCAUCAUUACAAAAAGUUAAGUGAUUUCUAAAGGCGAAGUUUGUUUGUGAAGACGCGUGUUUAGAACGUAAACACACAUUUAGAAUGUCGAAACGCGAACAACGAAUGCUUGUGUUGCUUUAUAUCAUUAAAUUGUUAUAUCUUAUUCCAGAUUUCUUUCGUUUCUUUAUCAGAUUGGUUAGAUUAUUUGUAAUAAAACUUAACAUCAAUAUUAUUGACGACGUUUCAAAAUGGCUUCAUUGUUUGCGUUCGCCUCGCCAGCUGUAAAGCGUCUUUUGGGCUGGAAGCAAGGCGACGAAGAAGAGAAAUGGGCAGAGAAAGCGAUUGAAUCUCUUGUAAAAAAAUUGAAGAAGAACAAGGGGGCGCUGGAAGAGCUUGAAAAAGCCUUAUCUAACCCUAACGUACCUGCAAAGUGUGUGACAAUAGCUCGUAGUCUAGAUGGACGGCUUCAAGUUUCUCACAGAAAAGGUCUUCCACAUGUUAUAUAUUGUCGUGUAUGGCGCUGGCCUGAUCUACAAAGCCACCACGAGUUAAAACCUCUGGAUAUCUGUGAAUAUGCGUUUGGCAAAAAACAGAAAGAAGUGUGUGUGAACCCAUACCAUUAUAGAAGAGUUGAAAGCCCAGGUAUUUAUCUAGCGAAGGAAACAUGGCCGAAUUGAUACUUUUCAUUUUCUUUGUCUUAAAUAAACGACGAUUGCUGCUUGGCAAGUAUAAAUGCUUAUUGUUAUUUCAAGCAGUACAUACAGUUUAUACUUUGAACAUAAGUGAUUGCCACCUUUUGGAAAUUCCACGUUUUUAAUACGGCAAUGUUUGCAUUAGUUUAUUCAUGUAUAAAAGACAUUGAAAAGCUUAAAUGUUGAUAUUUUGUUUAGUGUUGCCUCCAGUUUUGGUGCCACGACACAGUGAAUGGCCUCCAAUGCAUCCAAGAUUGCCCCCACCAUAUCAUUCAGCCCCUCAAGAGAGUUCUAUGCCUGUGAAUGCUUCAUUUCCAGCAAACUUCAGACAAACACCGGGUGAUGAUACACCAAGUCCUUUCAGACAAGGAGACAACUACCGUCCUUAUGAAAUGCCAGGUAAUUUUGUUCGCAUUUUGGGAAUUAUAUAGAACAUCACUGAUUUCAGCCCUAGUUUAUAUUCCCACGUUUAAUACGUGUAUAAAUGUUGAAUGGUAAUAAGGUUAUUUGUUGUGGGAAGACAAUGCAAUGUUAUUUUGAAAUAUAAAGGAAUUCUCUGACUACUUGAACAAGUUUGUGAGAUAAGGAAUGUACGGAAAUACAUAUGGCAAGGUGAUUUUGCAGUUAAAUUCGUGGCGAGACAUUUGUCUGCAUCUUUGUAUAUUUUUACUAAAUUGCCUGCGGCACAAAUAUUUUAUUGUCACUUUAAACUAUUGUCCUUUUAAUUUAAAAGAGUUAGCAGUAUAAAGGCACUUUAUAAAGUAUGCGAUUAAAUUUAGUUGUAUAAGCCACAAGCUCACUGUUAUCAGUAUUUUUCAGAGUCAAAACUGAGCACUUUCCUCUUGUAAUUAGUAGCUGUCAUAGUUAAUGUUGGAAUGUUUUGACUUUCUGCAAAAUGUUUUGUGUUUCUUCGUGGGAAAGUGGAAAAAGGUUUAUAAUACAUCUGUUGAGUAAAAGUAUUCAAAAAUUUCAAGUUUGUCGCAUACCAGACACCUCCAGCAUAAUUUUACAGUGAGCUGUUGGUGUGUGGCAUGGGAUGUUAACUACGUGUUAGCCCAGCACUCAAUUACAGUGUACUACAUGAAUGAUAAUUAUAAUAUCUAUUUAAUUGUGAACAUGUUUAUUACCUGGAAAUAUCAUCCCUGUGUGUGUAUAACUGGAGAAGCCAGAAUGACUCUCAGCAGACGCCUUUGCCGCCUAAAUGCUCUUGAGUUUGCUGGUUACAGAAGCAUCUCAAAAGUAGGGGCAGGGGUUGAAAUAAGUGGGUGCCUGAUUGACACUUGUGGCAAAAUUUUUCAUCUGGCAGCAACUGCCAGCAAGAUAUGUUUGAAAGGCAGCCCACAUGGCAACUGAGAAAAAAUUAAAAUAAUUUUAAAGCCCUACUAAAUUAAAUAGUUACUGUUUUUUAUGAUAUCUAUAUACAAAGAGAAUACUUCAUAAUGCACUGAUAGAGGGAGAUCUGAUAUUAAUUUUGGGCUAUUUAUCCUCUGCAUUUUAUGAAAUAUUGGUGCGGGGGGCAAAAUUCUCAACAUGUAUGUCAAAGGGGUUUUGGGUACAGACGGCUCUAAUUAAUAAAGAGUCGCAUGUUGUGCUAUUUUACUGACAUUAACCCAUUAAGCUGCAGAGCUUCCCCAUUGACGAGUAAAUUGUCUGGCGUUAGACAAGUAAAAAAAAUAACCCAGUGCGCGCAUCCAGGUGAUCUGACAGUGAGCAAAAGGACUGGGACUAGCAACAGAAUUGAAAUCCAGUUUUGUACCUUUAAUCACUUGUCGCGCCCUGAUUCUUUUGUGAAACUGUUUGAAACUUUGUGUCUGUGUCUUGCACAGGGAAAUGAAUGUCUGGGACGAAUUUGAGAUAGAAAUCUAAUACCGUUGAUAAGAUACUGAGUAAUUUUAAACCAGAAAUGGAUUUCUAUUUUACAACUAGUGCUAGGCCUUUUCCGAGUUCCAAGAUCACCUGGAUUACGGCUUAAUACGUUAACUAGAGACAUUGUCAUAUUAGGGCCAUUUAUACGUGACAAAAUAAGUCGCGACUUACAUAAGACGCGACUUAAAUAAGUGGAGUUAUCGCAUAAAUGGUUCUCUACGGCUUUGGCCUUAUUUAUUUGCUAAUAGCUAUAAUGUUGUUUUGGUUGUUUUUGUUUUAAUAUGCAAGGCAUUAAAUUUUACAUUGUUUCAAGUUUCUGGCAUGUGUAGUUAGAUUUUUUGUCCAAAAUUUCUUAUUUAAGACGCGACUUAAAUAAGAACAGCUAAAAGACCUGUUCUUAUGUAAGACGCGUCUUAUCCAAGACGCGUCUUACAUAAGAAUUUUGUACCUUUUAUACGACAAACUCGCGUCUUACCUAAGUCGCGUCUUAUGUAAGUCGCGUCUUAUUUUGUUCCGUAUAAAUGGCCCUAUUUUUGGUUAACCCAUUAAGCUGCAGAGCUUCCCCAUUGAUGAGUAAAAUUGUCUGGCAUUAGACAAGUAAAGAAAUAAGCAGGGUACACUGGGGCGCAUUGCAGCUCAAUGGUUUAAUAGAUAAUCAUGUCCAUUAGUCUUGUUGUUUAAUGUACCGUUAUAACUAUCAAUUCUGAUUGUUUAUAAUUUUUUAUCAGUAAAGCUGGGGGGGGGGGGGGGUUGCACCCCAGAAAAUAUGUCUAUGUUAUACCUACAUUAUGUCCAAAAACAGGGGGCAUAGAUAAUAGCAAGAUUUUAGAUAACAUUUUCUAUUGUGGCAGUGUUUGUAUGUUAUGAUGUUAUUAGUUCAUGCAAAUGUACAUGACAAAUAUUUGUAUUGUUGAACCCUUGUUGUCAAUCUUAACAUGUCACAGACCUGCUACUUAAACAUGGUUGACGUCAGCAGUGGAGGAAUAAAAAACCAUGUCAUACUUGUUUAUUCAUAUGCACUUUGUAUUGGAAAAGCACCCUUUGAAUACAGUACCAUUAUUUCUGAAACAUUUCGAAAGCCUACUGGGUUUUAGCACUGUCAUCACCACAGAGAGAUUUGCUCACCCAGGUCAACAUUUCCUGUGAGUUUUUAUGAUGUCAUAGUUCUAAUAUAACACACACAGUAGUAUACUUUGGAACACCCCUGCCUGGCAAACAAAAAUUCAGCAGUGCCCAGUUCCCCCCCUCUGCCUCCAACAAAUGUAUUAUAAAUGGUAUUGUCAUAACUUUUGUUUGCUUAGAGAAUAAAUUAACUUCUGUAGCCAUCAUUCUCUUCCAUUUACAAUCAACAAUUCACCUUGUUUUGCUUCUCUUUUAAACUUUGAGCGAAAAAUGCCCACCAUUACUUUGCCUCAUUCCGACAAUUUUCUCACGACUCGUAUGUGAGUGUACUCUAACGUGAGUGGGAAAUAUCAAGAUUUAAGGACACAAUCACAUGGAGACGAUUGAGGUUUAUACAUCGUACUCCGUGCUCAAAAAUUCCUGUCAAUCUCUAUAUUAACAAGCAAUUAUACACAGGGAAAGAAACGUGCAUUACCCUGCCAUAGUGUAGCGAGUGGACUGGGGACGACACAGGGCCCUUACACACCCGGAUGUGUGAAACAGAUCCAGGUGUGUGAAACUGACCUUCCGAGAAAACCAAACUGAAAUCAUACCUCUUUUUCAUAAAGAAGGCUUUCUUAUCAAACAAUUCUUUGUAGCUAAUUCUGUAUUAUUUACCCUCUUAAACCCUCGAAAUAAUGUCAUAAAAGUAACAAGGUCUCUAAAAAAAUUUUGUAGAAUUAUCGCUGGUUACAAAUGUCACAGCAUUGAAUUUGCUGUGAAAGUAUAUAUAUUCUGAAGUCAUAUCUAUUGUUUCAAACCAUUUCGCCAUUUUCAGUUACUACAAACUGCCAAAUUGCAAUAGUAUUAGUCAUCAUGUCUGUGAUCUAUUUAGCACAGGAAAAGUUAUUAAUUGUCAGAGUCAUGCUUUGAUGCGCUGCAUCACGUCAGCUUACCUUGGGGACAAAAUCGAGCUGAAUAAUAUCCGCCAUUAUCCAGACUUUAUCCUCUGAAUUGUAAACCAACGUAGACGGAGAUGAGCUGCAAGUCAGUGCUGGAGCUGAAAAAAAAAGUUUGCACAGCGCUAUAAUACUGUAUAUCAAGAACUCUGAUGUUUCGAAGGUCAUUUUGUUCUUUUAUUCAAAGAUUCUUGUCCUUCUCUUCUUUAGAUCCUUGCUGUAUGUCAGACGAUGGUGGUUCACCUCGUCCACCAGAAACUCAGAUGGAUGUGGAAAUGGGAAAUAAUUCUUGUAUUCAACGACCAAUUGCUCCAGUGUCUCCUGUACCAUCUACAAUAAGUAAGAGUUUAACCUAUAUCCCUCAUUACCGUACUCAGAGCUUUCAAAAUAGAAUAUUUUGAAAAGAAUCCCCACCUGGUUAAAACCUCUCUGAUAUAUAACUAGAAAGUUGCGUUUAGUCUCUUAUGAAACCACUUUAAAAAGGUAGGCAGCCUAAUGACUUUAACUUUUUCUGCAGGUGAUAUGGCUGCCGUGAACUUCCAGGAACCUCGUAACUGGGCUACGAUUGCAUAUUAUGAGUUGAAUACAAGAGUUGGGGAGCCUUUUCAUUGUCACACAACAAGCGUUAUUGUUGAUGGUUUCACUGAUCCUAACACCAACCACUCUGAAAGAUUCUGUCUCGGUUUACUCUCCAAUGUCAACCGUAAUUCAACCAUUGAAAAUACGAGAAAGCACAUUGGUAAAGGCGUUCAUCUUUACUAUGUUGGUGGGGAAGUGUUUGCUGAAUGUCAGAGUGAAAGUGCAAUAUUCGUGCAAAGUCGCAACUGUAAUCACCAUCAUGGCUUCCAUCCAACUACGGUGUGUAAAAUCCCUUCCAACUGUUCAUUAAAAAUCUUCAACAAUCAAGAAUUUGCCCAACUCCUUUCACAGUCUGUCCACCAUGGAUUUGAAGCUGUUUAUGAACUCACUAAAAUGUGUACGAUUCGAAUGAGUUUUGUUAAAGGCUGGGGAGCAGAAUACCAUCGUCAAGAUGUCACCAGUACGCCAUGUUGGAUUGAGAUUCAUCUUCAUGGGCCUCUGCAGUGGUUGGAUAAAGUGCUCAGUGAAAUGGGAUCUCCUGGCAAUGUCAUCUCAUCGGUAUCAUGAAAUGUUGUGACUUGAAGAUACGAGAAAUGUUUUAGACCAUCAUGCUUCGUAAACUGGUCGUUAGUUAUUUUAUUGUAGCUAUAAACGAUAAAAGAAGACUUUGUAAUAUUUCUUAGGACGUGGUUCGGACAUACUGCUCCCGGACCUCCCUAUAGACACCUUAUUCAUCAGUGACUGCUUGUCAGGAAUUUUUAAAACGUCCAUUUUAGCCACUCUCGCCUCGUUUUAAUAACACCGUCUGCAUAAACAAAUUUGACCAACCUUGUUUCCAUCGUUGCUACCCAAUUCACAACUUUGGAUAACUCACAUGCCUAGUUACUAUUGCUCUCGUUUACAGAAGCAUGGAAUAAAAGGUAACUAAGUAUUAGAGUUAUGUCUAAGAGUUUUCUCCCAUGUAGAUAAUUCUAAAACUUAGUUACCUUUGUUUUAUUCUAUGUACUAGAACAAUGAUAAUUAGGCGUGCGAGUUGUCUAAAGUUGUAAAUUGGGUAUAAACUAAUGUUAGCCGCCAAAUUUGUGCAUUGAUGUGGUCGAAAUCUUGGUUUUCAUUUGAUCGUAACUGUCGUUACUGAAUGGAAACCAAGCUUAAUCACUGGAAAACACCAUUGACUACCACACAUUUCGUGAAAUAGUGAUGAGAAUUUAGGAUUCUAAACUAAAGUUUUGCACCAUUUUUUUUCUCAAACGUCAUGCAAAAAAUCCGGAAUCAAGCUUCCAUAGUUGUAAAAACAUUAAAAGUCGUAUAUAGAUUAUUAGCCCAAACUGUAUGGACCAUAAUGACGUCAAACUCUGAUAAACGAUGUACAUGGGACAGUUUUUGGCAUGCACAUGACGUUACAGGAAAUUGGGUAGACUCGGCAACGAUUUGCAUCGCAGGAAAUUGUUGAAAAUUGUUCACGUCGCAUUUACAGGAAGAAAUGGAAGCCAAGUGUUUCCCGCGUUUGACGUCAUUAUGAUAAAAGUCCAUUGUCCGCUACUGGUAAUGGUAUAUGAUAAUUGUAUUACUUCCAUGCAAAGAUUUGCUUGGAUUUUUAAAAAUUAUUCUGUUGGCGCAGAUUUGGUAUUUGGACGUAUAUGGUAGCUGCCCUUUCUUCACAAUAGCUGCAUUUCCACUUGCAAAGAAAAUUUUGCUGUCGAAAUUGUUCGCUCAAUUUCUCUUGAAUUUUGAACAGUCAAGUAGAACUGAUUUAUUCAGAUGGUCAUAAUUCGAAAGAAAUCAAGCGAAAUAUUUUGACGACGAAAUAUUUCUCUGUGGAAAUCCAGCGUAUUGCUUGGUGAGGUGUGAGUUGUAUAUAUAGAAACAUUUACGAUAUCUACUAUACUAUUCUUAAAGUUUAUCUUUUUAGAUUAAAGUACCAUGUGUUUUAGUUCGCUUAGCUUUAGUAUUAAAAUACAUACUGUGUCUCGUACUGUGUGGUAUAACUUUGCCUUUUUAAAAAUAUAUGUAUGACUUAUGUAGUUAGGGAAACAGUCUUUGGUAACUGUACUAUAUGUUGUAUAAUAAGAGUGUAGUAUAUAGAAAUGUGCUGUGUU